AUGCGCUGGUGUCAGAAAGUGGCUGGGCACGGAGCCGAGCCAUUCAUAUUCGGAGACAUUACACGUCUGCUUGGAGAUUCUUGGUACACUGCAAGCAUGACAUAUUCCCAGCGCCUACAGGCUGGGCUGCAGACACCAUUGGUCUCUAGCAUGCACUGCCAGCUUCAUCGCACGAGCUGUCCUCUGCCGUGCCCGAUCUUCGAUGUCAGUGGCCUUCCCUGUCCUGACAUGAGUGCAGCCGGGAAGAGGCUUAAGAGAGCCGGCGAGACAAACGCUGUGUACAUUGCCCAUGGACGGUUCGUGACGGCAAAGCGAACUCCCCUGCUCCUGGUGGAGUGCACCAAGGACCUCGACAUGGGCAUGCUGGAGGACACUCACCCGGACCACGACUUCUACCAGAUGUUUUCAGAGCCUUCGGAUUUCGGUUUCAGAGGCUUGUCUCGGUUUCGCACUUGGGUGGUUGGGUCACACCGGGAAAAGUCGACCUGCUUGCACGAUCCCUUUGAGCUCCUGGAAGACUUGAAAUCGGCCUUCAGCGAGCUUCCAGGGGCUGGGGUGUCGGAUUUCCUCGUCGCCUCAGAGGCCGAGCUGCACCUGGAGGCAGCAGCCUUAGCCAGACGACGCAAGAAGGCUGUUCCGUCUCUGAAGAACUUAUCCGGGUUGUUGAAUGUGAGGGAGUUGUUAUGCAAGCAGCAGCUGGAUGACAAGUACCUAAAUCAGCGGGCCCAGCACCCGAGCAGGAACCCUAACCUUGUCUACUAUCUCGGUGAUUCUGCUGAGUACUGCACGUGGUCAGCCAAGUCAGAUAAGAUCCCGACUUAUCGGCUGGGAGCCCGCAGUGGUCUCUAUUGGCUGCCCGGCCAGGGCAGAUAG